UUGGUUAUAGACUGGUCCUAAUAAUAAUAUGUUGAUUUACUGCAUACCAAUGUUGGCUAAAGUGUUUUCUUAGAAGUGGUAGCUUUCAUGGCUGCAUGUUGUGGAUAUAGUUAUUAAUUAAUGUCAUGGUGUCCCAAUUCUUUUGUUUAAUUUAUAUGAUUUUUGGGUAAGCAUGUGCUAUUUCAUGAUGAAUGCAUUCUUUGCACAACUACCAGUCUCUACUUCACUUUUGCCCUUCUUCACUUUCAAUGAAAGGGACCCUGUUCUUUGUUGUGAAGUCACACAGCAUCUGUUAAUUAAGGAUUAGCUAGCAUAUAUACAUUGUUUUAAAGAUUACUGGAAAUGGGGUUUCUAGAACUCUUGUCUGUUGCCUCUUACCCGGUGAUGAAAGUGUUACUCAUUACCGCGAUUGGUGUGUUUCUUGCAUUGGAUAACAUAGAUGUUCUGGGAGCAGAUGCAAGGAAGAAAGUGAACAAUCUUGUGUUUUAUGUGUUUAAUCCAUCCCUGGUGGGUAGCAAUUUGGCCAAAACCUUAACCUCUGAGAAUGUUCUUUCAUUGUGGUUCAUGCCUGUCAAUGUUAUUGUCACAUUCAUAUUAGGCUCAGCCUUAGCAUGGAUUUUGAUUAAAAUCACAAGGCCUCCCAAGCACUUGGAAGGUUUAAUUUUGGGUUGCUGUUCUGCAGGAAAUUUAGGGAACUUGCCUAUAAUCAUCAUUCCAGCUAUAUGUAAAGACAAAGACAGUCCUUUUGGAGAACCUGAUAUCUGCUAUCAAUAUGGGAUGGCUUACGUCUCACUUUCCAUGGCGGUUGGUGCGGUUCUAAUAUGGACAUAUGUUUACUACAUAAUGAGGGUUUCCUCAAAGACACUUCACAAAGAAAGUGGUACAAUAUCACAAUCACAGCCAGACAAUAUUUCAGAAACACCUACUCCUGCAAAAGACACACUGGAUGAUGCAUAUACUCAACUGCUUCCUACCACAGAAUCACAGGAAAAAGUGAAGGUUUCAAUCUCAUACAAAAUUAAGAGCCAGCUGUGGAAGAUUUCAAGCAAUAUCAAUUUUGGACACGUUUUCGCGCCAUCAACCAUCGGAGCGAUUACUGGCUUUAGCAUUGGUGUAAUCCCCCCAAUACGUAAUUUCCUGGUUGGCAACAAUGCUCCACUUCGUGUGGUUGAAGACUCUGCAUCCAUGUUAGGUGAUGCAGCCAUUCCAACAGUCACACUUAUAUUGGGUGCAAAUCUCCUUGGAGGUUUGAAGGGAACAAGUACUCCACUUUGGACCAUUGUUGGAAUUAUAUUAGUCAGAUAUAUUUUCCUGCCACUAUUGGGUGUUGUAAUUGUAAAAGGGGCAGUAAAAUUUGGCUUGGUGCCAUCAGAUCCCUUAUAUCAGUUUGUGCUUCUACUUCAAUAUGCAUUGCCUCCAGCUAUGAAUAUAGGAACUAUGGCUCAAUUGUUUGGAACUGGCCAAAGUGAAUUCUCGGUUAUCAUGCUAUGGUCAUAUGCUCUGGCGUCAAUUGCAGUAACCCUUUGGUCCACCUAUUUCAUGUGGCUAGUUGCUUGAUUACUUCUACUCAUUGACAUGGUUAUAAUUUGAUUAAUUGAUUGUUAUUUGAUAUUGGAGUAGAAAAAUCAUGCAAUACUCAUAAUACAAAAGUAAUAUUCUUUAUC